AUGGAGAAGUCAAAAUCAGUUGGCUUGAUUAUGUACGAUACACGAAUGAUCGUCAAAUGGCUGAAUUCAAAACUGCACCUCGGAUUGACUCCGGACAACAUUUUGAACCCGACAGUCAGUUUCCCAGUUAACCGUCGAAAAACGCUUCUUUAUUUUUCCAGGCUGAGGUUGCAAGAGACGUCUAUUACAACUUUGUUGUUCAAAUUCUAAACGUGCCCGAACAUUCUCUGGGAACUCUUCCCGUCUCCGUCGACUGCGAUCACGACAUUGAAAUGCACCGGAAGAGCAUUCCUCUGAUUAUCCUCUACCAGUGCAUGUAUGUAAAAUAUAUUACUUUGGUCAAUGUAAACGUUCAUUAUUCAGGAAAGCAUUCAUCAUCGACGACUCGGGCAAGAAACUAGAUCUGACAAUGUGUGACUUGGUGGCCCCGGCGAAAGUUCCACAGCGUUUCCGAAAAUUAACAAGUUUUCUCGUCGAUUUCAUGAGGCUCCACGAGAUUGCCGAUCCGCUUUUCAAAGAAGUCAGCGAAGAAUUCAGCGACAGAAAGGUGCAGAUGGAGCAGUUGCAGCAAGAACUGCUUGCAGAAGAGAAACGCAAGAAUGGACUACUUUCACAGCAAAGUCAGAGAAAGAGACGGGAGCACGAGCUGAUCAACGAGCACAAUAUUGUGAAAGGACAGCUGAAUGACAUUGUGGCAGAGUACACGGCGAAUAACGCGAAAAUUGAAGAGAUAGGAAAACAGCACGACGAGGCGCUUCAGCAGAUUGACCGAUUGGAAAGCGAAAUUAUCAGUGGGAAGAAAAUGAUCGAACAUUUGAAUGGAGAGAUUCUCUCGUCUCCGCAGGAGCUGGCAGACGAAAUUGAAAAGAGAAAGAAGCAGAUCGAAGAGUUGAGAGACUGUUUGAAGCAGUCGAAGUUAGUUAAUAUCUGUCAACGGUUUAUUUCAUUGUUAUUUUGCAGAGCGAGCCAGCAGGCGAUGGCCGAAGCCAUUGAUAUCUGCAUCAAUGCUGCGAAGAACGUUCCGGCUAUUGUCGACAAAGUGAAUAUGUGGUCGGCCAUGAAGAAGGAAAUAAUCGAACUGCAAGAUAAUGUGCAUAGCAAUCUCCGCAAACUAACCGACCUGGAAGAAGAGCUCAAAUUCUCGACCGAAAAGCGAAACAAAGUGCACGAACGGAUGAUCGAGCAGGCGGAAAUGCAGAAACAAUUGCGAGAGGAGCAUUUGCAAAGGAACGAAAUGCUCAAAAAGAACAUUGAGGCGAUCACCGAACAGAUAAUAGCGAUGGGAAAACAUCAGCCGAAUGUAUCGAAAGAAAUUGAAAAGAAGGUUGAGAUCGGAGAAUAAGCACUCGAAGUAAAAAAGUAAUUUCAGAAACAAGAGCUACUCGCGCUGAAGAACAUUCACAGUGAAUUAGUGGCGAAGACCAUGCAGGAGUGCCGCGAAUUGAAGACCAAGUACGAGUACCUUUUUGAGCUGUUUGAAGAGACUCAGAAGGUUUCUUUGGAAAAGCGAACGGCUGGAGAACGGGCGAAGAGCCGCGUGAAGAGUGCUCUCGUCGGUCGACUGCCUACGGACUACACUUUCAACACGACGAGCAUCCUGGAAGACGGAGAAAACUUGUCCCCCGUAACGCUCUCCGAACAGAACUUCAAUGUCUUCAAGUAA